AUGGCGCGACCGAUUGAAUCUGUGAUGGACAUUAACGAUUCUAAAGAUUUGUGGAAGAUUGUUGUUCGUUGUAGACAUCUCUGGACUGUGAGAAGUUCAUCAAACAAAGAACACCUUGAACUAAUUUUGGUUGAUUCUAAGAAGUUGGUAUUUUGUGGUUCAACUUAUGUUAAGAAAACGGAGCUCCCGGAGAUUCCUAUAGAUUAUUUCAACAUUCUUGGUUUGGCGUCCAUUGCUGAUGGAAAAUUCCAGCCUAAUGUAUUGGUUGACGUAGUUGGAGGAGUUACUGAAAUUCUGCAGACUCAGAUAAACUCAGAUAACAACAAAAGCAAGUUUGUGUUUAUGAUCACUGACAUGAGCAAAAUUGUCGUGCAGUGUACACUAUGGGGUAAUUUUGCAUUGCAAUUUUAUGAAUACUACAAGAACCAUGGGGAAGAUGUGAACAUUGUUGCUCUAUUACAAAAUGCAAGGAUAAAGGUUGCACAAGGAGGUUUUCCUUUAAAUCUAUCCAAUGCUUGGAGUGGCACAAAGCUGAUCAUUAAUGAUAUUAGUAAUGUUGAAAUUAAAAAGCUGAAGGAUAGCCUAAAUGCUGAACUGCCAAAGCUUUCUUCAUCAAGUUUGCAAGUUGAAACAACUCAAACCUCACAGUAUUCCGAUUUUGAUAAAUUUAUAUGGAAGGCCGAAUUCAUUAGUUUGGCUGAGAUCGCGAUGCUUAAACAAGAAACAACAUGUGUCACCAUAGCGAAGUUGGAGAAGUUUGAAGUUGGUAAUUCCGGUUGGUAUUACGAUGGUUGUGCCGAAUGUACCAAGAGCGUCGUUGUAAAAGAUGGCAAACUUAAGUGCUAUGCAAAUCACAUAAGUUCUGAACCCGUGCCAAGGUACAAGCUUGAAGUGUUGGGAGUUGAUGGUAAAUUCAAGUCCCGUUUCAACUUUUGGGAUAGUGACUGUUUCAAGUUAAUUGGAAAAUAUGCUCUACAGAUGAAAAAUGAAUUAGUGGAGGCCGGUGAAGACAAUCCGUUAGAAUUCCCUUUUGGUCUUGAUGCUAUGUUGAAGAAGGAGUUGGCAAUUAGAGCUGUUUUUCAACCGAAAUUUAAUCGUCUUUCGGUUAUUAGCUUUAAAGACGAUGAAGAUUCACGUAAGAAAGUUAAGGACACCUUCAAGUCUCAUGAGGAUGUAUCGAAAAUUCCAAUUUCAUUGUCUUCCUCACAAGAUGAUAUGAAGAGUUUAUCGGAACCUUUAUCUGUAUCUGCUGAUUUCGACCCCAAUGCUGCGAAUUCUGUGAUGACCCCCUGUAAACGUAUAAAUCCUAAAGCGUCAGAAGAUGUUGAAAGUGUUCAACUUUCCUCUACGUAG